UUUUUUUUGAUAAAUAUAUAGACAAAUAAUAAUUGAGUGUAAGCGUUUGUUUAAUAAAUAAUUUAAUAAUUAAAAUACUACCGUCUUUUUAUAAAUCGUAAUAAUGAAGAUCUGGACAAUUGAACAUACAUUCAAUCACCCUUGGGAAACAGUCGUGGCAGCGGCGUUAAAAAAAUAUCCUAACCCAUUGAAUGAAGCUGUACUUGGCACUGAUAUUAUUGAUAGAAAAAUAAUUAAUGGUACACUUUAUACGCACAGACUUGUUGUUAGUGAAUUCAAAUUUCCCAGAACAGCACAAGCGAUACUUGGACAUGUAAAAACUCAUUAUGCUAGUGAAAAAAGUGAAGUUAAUCCUGCAACUAGAGAAAUGGUUCUUCGAACGCGAAAUUUGUCUUUCAGUAACUACAUAGAUGUCGGCGAAACGUUACGUUACAUUCCCCACCCCCAAGACAAAAAUAAAACACUUCUCAAACAAGAAGCCAUUGUUACUGUCCAGGGAGCACCUCUUGCUUCAUAUAUGGAAGAUCUUUUAACCAAAAGAAUUUCUUUCAAUGCUGGAAUGGGACGACAAGCUGUUGAAUGGGUGAUCAAGCUAGACACGGAAAUGAAGGAUCUAGCCAACACGGCAGUUAAGUCAACAGAUGAAUUGCUGUCGCAAACACGCCGUCAGAUAGAUGACAUAACGAAUAAAACAAAACGUGGAAUGGAUGAUCUUCAGCAUGCAGCUAAAAAAUCAUUAGAUGAAAUUCAAACUUUCACGGCGCCACCGUCGCCCCAAUCUAUGCCUAAAUUAUAGCUAAGAUUGCGUACUAGUUUCAAUUUAUUCAAUUAAAUGCGGUUUGAUUUUUUAUUUUUCUCAUUUCAUUAAAUAAUUAAGUUAUCAAAUAUUAUUUAUUGUCUAUAUAAAAAACAAAAUAAUUUUAAUAAAAAAUCAAACGUAUUAGAGAUAAUUAUAAUUAUUCUUUAUUUAGAAAUACAUUGGAAAAAUUUAUUAAUUAGAUCAAUAGUUUUUUUUUUUAAUUUUGCUUUUUAUAGUAGAAAAAUAUGGUAAAAAUUAUAAUAAUUAUUAUUGUCAUUAUUAAUGUUAUAUAUUAGGUAAUUCAAUCAAUUUAAUAAUGUUUAUUAAUGUAAAAUAUAAUUCAAUAAUUUUGGUUAUAAUUCGGAUGUAAAUAUUAUUAAAAUUUUUAGUACUUUAAAAUUACAAUGCAAAUAUUAUACGGUUAUUUUUAUCUAAUUGUAUAACAUGUAGCUGAUAAAUUUAUUUUAAAAGCAA